UACCUUGGAAAAAGUAAAAAGGACUUUUACCAAUGAUGGCAGUGUGACGUGUAGUUUUCAGAACGAGGUUUGCAGAAUGUGAUUUUCCGUAGGUUACUCUCUCAGAUGAAACACUACGGCGGUGCGAGCAAUUUGUCGUCGUCCUCCUCUGUGCUGUACUCCAGUCUGGGCUCGGAAAAAGCGACCGACAGCAACAAAGUCAACAGACAAUCGACGAUAAUAGAAACAGGAAUGUAUUUACGCGACUGGCGAAAAGCGCUCAGAUCUCCUCCGUCGUACAGGAUAGGCAAUCGUACGAUACGAUUGCAGGUCCAUUUCACCUGGGUACUGGCGACUCUCUGUGCGUUACUGCUGCUUGUAUUAUACAUAUCCUCCAGUCCGACGUACAGCGCCAACAAUGUUCCAGCGCCCAGUAGCUUCCUGCGCAACACGGCCAUCGUGUACAAUCACACCUAUCCGCUGACCAGUCCCAUUAUCAGCAGCGGUAUAUUUUCCUUCCGGAUAGCCAUAAUUGCGGAUUUAGAUACCAGCUCAGCGAUGUCAAAGACCCAAUGGGGUAGCUUCUAUUUAAAAGGCUACCUAAGCUUCAUUCCAUCCAAAAGGUCAAUUACGGUGUCCUGGGAUGAUGGCGAUCCGAAACAGUUACGGUCCGGUUUCGCUCUGAAAGGCCGAGGGAUGGAGCUCUCGGAGCUGGUCGUGUUCAACGGCAAAUUACUAACGUUUGACGACCGCACCGGGCUGGUGUACGAAAUCGACGGGGAUAAAGUUGUCCCCUGGGUUCUGCUCAUGGAUGGCGAUGGACGCACGAGCAAGGGUUUCAAAUCGGAGUGGGCCACCGUAAAGGAUCAAGUGCUGUAUGUCGGUUCGAUGGGCAAAGAAUGGACGACUUCGGCAGGCGAUUUCGAGACGAGCGAUCCAAUGUACGUGAAAGCAGUCACAGUCCACGGAGAGGUGUACCACUUAAAUUGGAUCAAUAACUACAAAGCCAUUCGUAAGGCAAUAGGAAUCGAAUGGCCUGGCUACAUGAUUCACGAGUCCGGCGCAUGGUCGGACGUGCACAGGCGAUGGUUCUUCCUACCUCGGAGAUGUUCACGGGAGCGCUACAAUGAAACACGAGACGAACACAUGGGAUGUAAUUUUCUUAUUUCAAACGAUGAAGCAUUUCAAAACAUUCGCGCAAUCGAACUCAAACGAAAUGGCGUGCCGUCGACCCACGGUUACUCGAGCUUCAAAUUUUUACCAACGACCAACGACGAAAUUAUCAUCGCACUGUCGACGGAGGAACUGAACGGCAAAACAUCCACCUUCAUCAGUGCCUUCACGGUGGAGGGUGAGGAGUUGAUGCCAGAGACGCAAAUUCCCACGAACUACAAGUACGAAGGGUUCGAAUUCAUUUAAAAUGCCACUGUGGAAUGUAGUGCUUCAGGCGGGUCGGAGCCCAAGGACCAGGUCAAUGUAAAUAUGUAGCGGCGAAUUCCUCCUAAUAGCAGCUAGUUAGAUCAAUUUUGUCAAUAGCAAUUACAGUAUAGCGUACUACGUAGUACCUGGAAUGGCUUUACGUAGUACCGAAAAUGGAUGGAGUAUUAUGCAACAGGGAUGCCUAGGUAACUUUAAUUGUUUGUCAUGCGUAAAAUGAUACCAAAUGCAUAAACGGAGAGCAAAAGAGGGCAGUCACGAUGCAUUCGUGUAGGCUCGUUGAUAAAACAAAAACUAUUUAUCAAUCUGUUGUGAUAACAGUUUUUCUUUCCUGUACAGAGUUUUUUUUUAUUAAAUGCAAAACACACAUUCGCUACAGCAGUAAA